AAGAAGAAAAUUGGACUUUGAAGAAAAACAAACAAACAAAUAAAGAACCCUAAUAGCCAUUUUCGUCUCGCAACCAAAUUCCACCUCUGCGGUCAGGAUCUGAUGCUCUCUCCCCACAAGUUUCUCGCCCACCUUAUUCUCUUCUUCAGGUGACUCGGAUCGAUUACAGCCAUUGAUUGUCACGGUUAAAUUAUUCUGUCGAGAUGGACGAUAACAACACUUCUCCAGGAUCUCCAAAGGAAAACCCAGACCAGGAAAACGAAGCAGGCCAAGUCACCAAAGACGAUGGCUCAUUGGAGAGCAUGGUUCGUAGGAUUCAAGACUCCAUGUCCAUUGGAAAAAGGCACAAAUUCUGGGAAACUCAACCUGUUGGGCAAUUCAAGGACGUUGGGGACUCUAGUUUGCCUGAUGGGCCAAUUGAAGCCCCAACCCCAUUAUCUGAGGUCAAACAAGAGCCUUAUAAUCUUCCUAGUUCCUAUGAAUGGACCACCUGCGACAUGGAUUCUGAUGAGACUUGUUUGGAGGUGUACAAUCUCUUGAAGAACAACUAUGUUGAAGAUGAUGAAAACUUGUUCAGAUUCAACUAUUCCAAGGAGUUUCUUGGAUGGGCUUUGCGGCCUCCGGGUUACUUCACGAGCUGGCACAUUGGUGUUCGUGCUAAAGCUUCGAAGAAGUUGGUUGCUUUCAUCAGUGGCGUCCCCGCCAGAAUUCGGGUGCGCGGCGAAGUUGUGAAGAUGGCAGAGAUCAAUUUCUUAUGCGUUCAUAAGAAGCUUAGGUCCAAGAGACUUGCUCCUGUUAUGAUCAAAGAGGUCACAAGAAGGGUUCACCUGGAAAAUAUAUGGCAGGCAGCUUACACGGCUGGAGUUGUUCUUCCAACUCCAAUAACCACUUGCCAAUACUGGCAUAGAUCUUUAAACCCGAAGAAGCUUAUUGAUGUCGGGUUCUCGAGGCUUGGGGCGAGGAUGACGAUGAGUCGAACCAUAAAACUUUACAAGUUACCAGAUUCUCCAGUUACCCCAGGGUUUCGAAAGAUGGAACUUCGCGACGUACCUGCUGUUACUAGGUUGCUUAGGAACUACUUAAGCCAGUUUGCUGUUGCACCAGAUUUUGAUGAAACUGAUGUAGAGCAUUGGCUUCUUCCAAAGGAGAGUGUAGUGGACAGUUUCUUGGUUGAGAGUCAGUAUUCUCGUGAAGUCACUGACUUCUGCAGCUUCUACACUCUCCCUUCAUCAAUUCUUGGAAACCAAACAUACUCCACCUUGAAGGCCGCUUAUUCAUAUUACAAUGUCUCCACCAAAACCCCAUUGUUACAGUUGAUGAAUGAUGCUCUCAUUGUUGCAAAACAGAAGGAUUUUGAUGUCUUCAAUGCAUUGGAUGUCAUGGAGAAUGAGUCCUUCCUGAAGGAACUAAAAUUCGGUCCGGGCGAUGGCCAACUGCACUAUUACCUGUAUAAUUAUCGACUUCGGCACGCUUUGAAACCUAGUGAACUUGGGCUUGUACUGCUAUAGUUGGAUUUGUUUCUGUUUUGAUUUGAACUGUGAACCAGAGAAAGAUAUUGGUCAUUUUUUAAUGGUGGCUAGGAUUGAAGAUGCACCCUUUCUUUAUUUUGUUCUUCUGCGUCAACAGCAAAGCACUAAGCACUAAACUUCUGGAGUAUGAGAGAAAAAAAAAACUUUGCCGGAUAAUGUAUAAUGUUCCGCAGAUCAUUUUUACUUGUGCUGGCUUUUCAAUUUCUGUUUUGUACUAUGGACAAUUGCAUACAUUUUGCUCCAGCAUGUGCUUUAUUUGCCUGUUCACCUGUUGGUAUAAUCAGAUAUCCAUUCCAGGUUUUUCAGUAGAAA